AUGACCCUCUUCCGUGAGACCGGAAACGACACAGCGGCGAACGAGAUGAAGCUUCUGUUUGCCAGGGCCACGGAGCUGCGGAACAGCAUGCGCGAUGCAGCUCGCAAUGCAAGACAGGCCUGGCUGCUCUUUCGCGAGAGAGGUGACCCGAGCCUCCUCUUUCAGGCGGCGAAGAGCUGCCACGACGCCCAUCAUAUGUUCGAUGAUGAGAAUGUCCUUAUUCUGGAGAAAGUGAAGUGA